UGUUGUUUGUGAGUACAUCUUACAGAGGAUCAGCUCAAACCCACAGCUGCCAAAAUGAGAGAGUUCAAGAGCAAGGCUUUCUGGAGGGCAGUUCUGGCCGAACUGGUUGGGAUGACCCUUUUUAUUUUUCUCAGCAUCGCCACAGCUAUUGGGAACACAAACAACACUAAUCCAGACCAAGAGGUGAAGGUGUCACUGGCCUUUGGACUUGCCAUUGCCACUCUGGCCCAAAGUUUAGGCCACAUCAGUGGAGCCCACCUGAAUCCUGCAGUCACCCUCGGGAUGCUUGCCAGCUGCCAGAUCAGUGUGUUCAAGGCUAUCAUGUACAUUAUUGCCCAGAUGCUGGGCUCAGCCCUAGCCAGUGGCAUUGUGUAUGGAACACGGCCUGAAAACAAUACUGCACUGGGGCUCAACGCUCUCAACGGCGUCACACCCAGCCAAGGCGUAGGCAUAGAGCUUUUGGCAACCUUCCAGCUGGUGCUGUGUGUCAUUGCGGUCACUGAUAAAAGACGACGUGAUGUCACCGGCUCUGCACCCUUGGCCAUUGGCCUCUCAGUCUGCCUGGGACACUUGGCAGCUAUCAGCUACACAGGCUGUGGCAUCAACCCUGCUCGCUCCUUCGGCCCGGCUUUGAUCAUGAACAAUUUUACAGACCACUGGGUGUACUGGGUGGGUCCAAUGUGUGGCGGUGUGGCAGCAGCUCUUCUGUACGAUUUCUUGCUUUCUCCCAAAUUCGAUGACUUCCCCGACCGCAUGAAGGUGCUGGUCAGCGGGCCAGUGGGUGACUAUGACGUCAACGGAGGCAACGAUGCAACAACUGUGGAGAUGAGCUCAAAGUAGUGCUACGCAAACAUGAAAUGCUAUUGUAAAUAUCUAUACUCCUGUACAAAAGCAUUAGAAUUUAGUUUAGUAUGUUAGUGUUUUUUUUUUCUCCUGUUUUAAGGUAACCAAUGAGGAUUGUGGUCAACGGGUCAGUUAGUGCUUCCUUCCUAUUUUGCUCAUGUUUUUGGCCAAGCACCAGUUUUUUAUCCAAAGUGCCGCUGAGACAAGUUAACUCUAAAAUUCCCAACAGAGUCGAGUGUUAAUGUUUGUUUUUUCAAUAUCAGUAUUCCAGGUUGAGCCAUUUUUGUAUACAUAUUUCUAUGAGUCUUUAUCACGUUUUAUUUCUGAUGGAUAAUGUAUUGUGUGUGCACUUUUGAAACACCUCUCACUUUUUUAAGUAAAAGAAAACACUGGAUAUUAAAAAAAAA